AAACAUAAGAACAUGACAUGUGUACUUGUUUCACACACGCACACAGACAGAAACACUAAACUAGGUUUUCAUUUAUAACGUUAACUUCAUCACUCUUUGCGCCACCAUCAGCCGCUAUACCAUCUCACUCCUCAGGUAAACUAAAGGGGGCCAAAGUUGGCAUUAAGAAGGUGGAAGAGAAAGGUUUGAGUGACAUGGCUAAUCCCGUCGUUAAGGUGGAGUCUGUUCUUGACGAACAAAUUGGCACUACUAGUUCUAAAGUAUUUGAAGACGCAGAGGUUGAUAUUGUGAGUUGGACGAACAAGGGCGAUGUUGGAUCUACCAAAAACGAGGACCCUGAUGCAACUGAAUAUUCGAGUUCCUUUGCUGAUACAGACUCUGAUGCUGAAAAUAGUUCAAGAUCGAGUGAUGCUGAAGUGGAUUCAGAGUUCUUUGGUGAGAAUGGCGCGGCAAGCCCUCAUGAUACUUUCGGUCCUGAGUUCCGAACAAGGAAGAGGAAGUUGACAGAUCAUUGGAGGAACUUCAUCCGACCUCUGAUGUGGCGUCUAAAAUGGACCGAAAUAAGACUCAAGCAAAUUGAGUCACAAGAACUAAAGUACACCAGAGAACUUGAAGAGUAUGACAAGGUAAAGCAUACGGCGGCACAUGAUCAUUUUACCUUAAAAGAGUCUGGUUCGAAAUCCUUGCCAUUUUCAAGUCACCAGUACAGAAGUAAGGCGAAAAUGAGAAGACGACGAAAGAAAGUUGAGGACACAACGGACAUAGCAUCGUAUGCAGCACAUCACUAUCUUUUUUCCUAUCUCGAGAAUAAGAAGUCUGAUGCUGAUGGCUCUUUGGAUGAUGAUUUUGACAAUCCGGUGAUCACAGAGCCACAUGUCGAUUCAACAGAAAAAACUGAAGAUCAACCUUUGCUCAAAUGCACCGACACUGAUAUGUCCUUUGAGCUGCUCCUUCAGAACAUUGAAAAUCUACAAUGUAGGGUCCGCACGCUGAAGAGUGGCAUCAACGAAAUCACAUCCAGAAAUGUUUCGAGGUUUUCUUCAUCAGAGAAUUUUAGCCUUAUUCUUCAUGGUGAUGUGCAGACUAGCUCUGCUCAAAGUCCUACAAAUUCUGCUGGAAAUGGAUACACGGCAUCGGUUGGAGUUGGAGGUAUAUAUAAUUCAUCUCAGCAUGCAGCUGAUGAGUUUGAAUUUGCAGACUUUGUCUUUCCUGACAGCUGUGUUUCAAGCUUUGGAGAAGCUACUAGUAUUCCUGAUAUAAUUGAGAGCACUGUUGGCUUGUUGGCUGCUGCUGAUGUCACCCUCCAAUCGGCCUUGGUUGCCGACUCUGGUGAACAUAUGGUAGAAAAUGUUCUGAUGCAUGAACUUCAGGAGGUGAAAAGGGAAGUGGAAGAAGGUUCGCAUUCCGUUUCUAUUCUCAUGUCAGAUAAUGUAGCAACAACAGCUUGCACGUCUCAAGAGCAAUCAGCUCUCAAGACCUGUGUGAAUAAAAGAAAGCGUGGGGAGCGCAAAGCUGGUUCAGGUGGUUGGAACAUGAAGUCCCAUGGGGAACCUGAUAAUCAGUGAAUAAGACUUCACAGUUUGCUGUGAUAACCAGUCCACAAUCUGUUGUGACUGUAGCAUUUCUUGCUUAUUUUUCUUAUUCCCCAAGUUGACAUUUAUUUAAACUUCUUUAUGUCACAGCGAACAGUAUUACAGUGUCGUCCCGGGGAAGAGGAACUAUACUUUCAUUUUUUUUUUUUUAUAAAUAAAAUAAACUUUUCGAUCCUAUGUCUUCAUUCUGAAACCUUUUCUUGUUAAUAUUGGUGCUCCUUUGGUGCCUCGUACGAAACAAGUUUUUUGACAUCUGCCUCUUUUUAAUUGGAUUAAGUGCAACAUUGGUGGCGCAACUAUAAGGUGUUCUGGUCAUGCUUGUAGAAACUUUUUUCAUGAUUGUAAUGCGAGCUUUUUGGGUUGUUUAGUUUCAACAUUGGUCAUGCUACUUCUUUUCAUGCAAAAUUUAUUGAUUUUACGAUGGCUAUUGUAUUUGCUUA